AUGUGUAAGGUGUUUCCCUCAAGUCUUGGUUCCACAGCUUUGAGAUGGUUUAAUGGAUUCCGAAAAGGUUCCAUUCACAGUUUUGCUGAGUUGAUCCAAGAGUUUGGCACUCGAGUCGUAACGUGCAGCCAGGUGCCACAACCAGUGGAUGCACUGCUAUCCAUAAAGAUGAGGGUCGGUGAAACCCUUCGGAGUUAUGCCAGUCAGUAUUGGGAGCUAUACAAUGAAAUCAGUGGGGGUAAUGAGAAGAUUGUAACAAGCACUUUCAGGAUGGGGCUGCUCGAGGACUCUGAACUAUGGGAGUCAUUGACGAAAAGACCUCUCGAGGAUAUGAGGAAACUUAUGAGGCGUAUUGAGGAGUAUAAACGUCUCGAGGAUGAUCAGCUGCAGAAUAAGGGUAAGGCCCCAUUAUUGAAUAGCUCCCGACAGAGCGUUUUUCCCAUGAGACCGAGGAAGGAUUUCAGGAUGCAGGAACCAGAAGCAUAA